AGGGCGCCCUGCGCCAUGGCGCCGUUGCUGUGGCGACGCGCCGCCAUUUUACCCCCUCCUCCUUCACCCCCCUCCUCCAUGGUCGCCGCCGGCCAUGGCGGGCUCGGAGGGAGGAGGCAGAGCCCGGUACAGCCCCAAAACACGGGAGCUGCUGCGAGGGACGUGGGGAGCCCGGUUUUUACACAAAAACGCUAUUUUCCAGCCAUGAUGGAGGAGUCGAAGCUGACGAGCUUCCAGAGGCGAUGCCUGAUGGAGUGCCUGGAACGGGGAGAUGCCUUGCCCCUCCAGUGCCACCCCACAUCCAGCAGGCAACCAGCGCCCGUGCCGCCUGCUUCCUCCCCACCGCUCUGUCAGCCGAGCAGGCUUUCAGCUAAACCUCAUCUUCGGCCUGCCAAGCUCUGCCAGGCAGGAGAUGCUUACACCCGAGAGAAAUUCAAGCCACAAGCAAGGAGAGAUUUGGAAAGGGAGAAGCAAAGGCUCCAAAAUAUCUUAGCGACAGGGAAGGAUGUGGUGGAACACCAGGUGAAGCAGGCGCUCGUUGACACAAAGGAAGAGGAGAUAGCUGAGAUUGACCGCUUUGAAGAACUGGUGAAUGAAGUUCGGGAGAGGCGGGAGUUCCUGGCAGAGAUGGAAGCGCUAGGACAGGGCAAGAAGUAUCAGAGAAUUAUCCUCACUGAAAUCUCCCAGAAAAUGCGCGAGAUGGAGAUCAUUGACAAGAAGAGAAGCGAGGAAGUGAGAGAGACCAUGACAAAAGACUUUCCUGCUGGGAACAAAUCCGAUUCCCGUGACUAAGCCAAGGGAAAAUCGCAAAUGCAGUUUGUUCCCACCUCUUCUCCCCCAUCCCUGGCAUUAGAGUCUCAAUGGCUGGCCUGUGCCUGCCUCUCUCUCAGUGGUUCCCCCGAAGAGGGGGCAGCAGCACCUGUUGCCUAAAGCCAGAAGGCAGGAACUGUUUGUGUGUAGCAAGCUGUUGUAAAGUCCUACCCGUGCAGCAGAUCCCUUCCUGCUCAACAAUAUUAAAGAGAUGAAAACACAGAGCAGCAGCUAUUAAAACAUGACAAAGCCUUUUGGUUACACAAUGCCUCAGAGCACAGCACUCCACGCAGCUACAAAUGUCACUCCUCCUCCAUCUCCCCAGAGGAGGUUUCUAGCAGAGGUACGAUGCUGACGUGUCACCACCCGCAUCCACGACCCGCUCCAGCCCGCGCAGCUCCGGGAACGGCUGCGCUGGCAGAGGGCGAGGAGGAAGACGCAGCAGCCUGGCCUUGCGCAAGCACGAGCCUCCAGCAUUACUGCAGGUGAAUGGAAGUCACGGAGUUAGUACAGUGUAACUUACAAACCAAGGUUCUGACCGGGCACGGGGCCAAGGAGGUGUCAGGCUGCGGCCAUCCUGACGGCCUUUGGCAACGGCGACGCGACAGCAGGCUCUAAAACGGACGCGUUUCUCCCCGGAGAAGAGUUGUGCUUUGGGAUCUCUCCCCUACCGCCGCUCCUGAGCAGCCUGCUGAGGUGUGGCAGGAGCGGCACAGCGUUUGGGAGAAACUGGGGGGCUGUUUCCAGAACGCCCCCUGCCAGCCGUGUCGCAAGGCACUGCUUCGAGAGGGUUUGGGCUGAAGCCUGCUGUAUUUCUGGAAGGGAGCUGGGGGCUGACACGACUGAUUUGCUAAGGGGAAGGCGUGACAAAACAGCUGACCGACCAAACACCCGUGGAACAAAACGAUCGAAGGAGGCAAUAAAUAGCUCCUCGCCUUGGAGGAGAAGGCAGGAGAACAAAACUGGAAGGAAGAAGGGAUGGGUGGAAGGAUACCGCCCGCCCCUUCCCUCCCCUGAUGUACACACACACACACAUACAACAAAUAAAAUAAGGGUUUGAAGAGUUUCGGGGCGGGUUGGAAUUCAUGUAGUAAAGGAGGCGUAAAAAAAAAAA